GUGCGUGCGCGCUCGCGUUCGAGCGAAUGAUGCGCUGAGGCUCUCCAGCAGUGCGCAUCUCCUCCACUCGCGACCAGGUGUCACAUUCUUCGGAUGCUUCUGACCAUUUGAACCCGGGACCGAGUCAUCAUGACGGACCCUUCCUCAACUGCUGACCCCACUGCCGGUCCUGUAGACCCCGGUCCAGGUGCUCCUGCUUCCGUUCCGGAUCCAGCGGUAGUGGAUCCAGCAUCGAUUCCUGCAAACGGACACCAUUCGAACCAAGCAGAUACUUUCAACAUGGAGCAGCAGAUGAAAAUAGGAGAGACAGAUGACAACGGUCUUCUGGAGAGCAGUAUGCGUCUGAAACCCCACGAGGCUCAGAGUUACAGAAAAAAGGCAUUAUGGGUAUCGUGGGUCUCCAUUGUGGUGACGAUGAUCUUAGCCAUCGCUGCGUUCACUGUUUCUAUAAUGCGGCAUAGUGCAUCAGCCUUUGGGUUUGCUUUUGACGCUACUCUUGACGUCCUGUCCUCCAUUAUCGUGAUUUGGCGAUACAGUAACGCCGCGGCCGUCCAUUCAGCGCACAGAGAAUACAU